CCCCCGCGGUGCCGGAGGGGUUCGGAGCGUCGCGGCCGCCCUCCACCUGCUCGGUGCUUUUGUUUGGGGACGGAGGUGGAGGAGAAGGGUAGACGCCCCUACGUGUGGCGGGGCGGCACGGACACGGCUCUAGCGUGACACGGGACUCGUGGACCCUCUCGCCGUCUUUGUCUGGCGGCCGGUCCGAGCUGCUCUUCGCUCCUCCUCUCUUAAGAGGGAUCGUUCUGCGAGGCUGUCGCCUUUUGUGGAGGGGCGAGCUGCUGCCCAGCUGGGGAAGUUCGCGGUCCAUAGUGGCUUCCAUCCUCGUUUUUGGGGCAAAGGGACGGAGGUGGGAGCACUUCUCCCCGUCGUGCUCUUCCAGGCAUCCCGCGUUGCUCGGCGGCGUUCGCCCCGCUGCCAAGUUAUCACAAGUUGGAGCCACCCCCCCGCCACCGGGUUCUGGCCUCGGCGUGAGACAAUACCGCGGGCUGCGGAGGAGGAGGGGUGGGCGGGAGCUGCCUUCCCUCGCCGCCGAUGGGGCCGGGCAGGACGGCGCUGCGGGGCGGGUAGGUGGCUCCAGGGGCUGCCGCCGGCGGGCGCGCACCGGGGAGCGGCCAGCAGAAGCAGGCGAGCCCCGGCCACGACGGGCGCCGCUGGCGGCGCGGGGGCUUCAUGGAGGACGUGAGUCUGCGGAACGGGCGUGAGCGGCUGGCCAGCAGUGACCCGCGGCUCGGUGCCAUGCUGGUGGAACCAGGGCCAGUGGUGGUGAUGGUGGAACAGCGGGCAGCGGAGAGCUACAAGCUGGUGGAGGUGCUGCUGACCGGCGGGGCUCCUUGGGGUUUCACCCUGAAGGGCGGACGAGAACACGGAGAGCCUCUCAUCAUCACCAAGAUUGAAGAUGGGAGCAAAGCUGCAGCUGUGGACAAGUUACUGGCUGGGGAUGAAAUUGUUGGUAUCAAUGAUGUGGGCCUCUCUGGCUUCCGACAAGAAGCAAUCUGUCUGGUGAAAGGUUCACACAAGACACUGAAGCUUGUAGUAAAAAGAAGAAAUGACCUAACCUGCAGGCCUCACUCCUGGCAUGCAACCAAAUUUACAGAGAGUCAACCUGAGACGGCCACGUCACAGCUUUCCUCGUCCAGUGCCUGUGCUUCCUGGCACUCGCGCUAUCAUGCAAGUUGUUCCUCUCAUGACCUGUCAAACUCGUGGGAACAGUCAAGUCUACAUCGCACUUCUGACCAGUUCAGCUCACUGGGGAGUAUGGACAGCUGGGACCACACUCCACAAGUAGCCCAGUAUGGAAGACUUUCUUCUGCAAGGUCUAACAGUAGCAUUGAUCAUCUAGGGAACCAAAGUAAACGGGAUUCAGCCUAUGGGUCUUUCUCCACGAGUUCUAGCACCCCUGACCACACUCUAUCCAAUGCAGACACUUCUUCAACAGAGAGCAUGCUAUGCAAAGUAGGCUACUGGGAGACUGCUAAGCAUGGAAACAAGACCGGCCAGUUCUUGAAUGACAGCGGUGGAAUGGAAGACAAACUUGGGUAUUUGCCAGCUUCUAUCCAGUAUGAGAGCAACAGAAAUCCUAGAAUAGAGGAACAUUCAGAUAACAAGCUCACUAGCACUGGAAGAUCCAGUUUUGGACCUGUGUGGUAUGUCCCUGAUAAGAAAAAGUCUUCAUCUCCUCCCCCACCACCUCCACCUCUGCGUAGUGACAGCUUUGCUGCUACCAAGGGCCACGAGAAGGCCCAUGGCCCUGUGUACUCAGAAGGUGCCAGCACGCAGCACUUCCCAGCCAUGAACCAAUCUCAGCCCAGGAGUGACUGGAACUUAGAAACUGUGGAGCAGCAGCGUCGUCGGCCCUCCAGGGCAUGUGACGAGAGAGUCAGCAGCUCAAGUUAUAAAUCUGAUCUCAGUUCAGAACAUACUUUUUCUUCAGCUGCUGAAAGGUACAGUAGUAAUGCAGGAGCUGUGAACAAACUGCAGUCAUCCUUGUCCAGCACUGAUGUUCGGUUUGCACAUCCUACUUACAAUUACCACCACCAGCACCAGUACAGUGAUGAAAGCACUUUUUUUCACCAUGCCAGAAUCUUAGCUUCAUCUAAAGAUCAGCAACCUUGUAUCUCCUAUACUGGCAAUCAGGAGUUAGUUACAGAGCAUUUUCAUGGCUACAACACUUCUUCUUCCAACAGUGCUGCUGAACAGAAGGUGGACAACGCUGGACAGAGUCGCUACUACUGCGUGACAGCAAAACAGCCUGCUCAGGGAAGCUCAAAGCCACUGCAGCUCAAGGAUGACAGCUGGAAACCUGCAGUGGGGACUGAUGCCUCACUUGGACCUCACGAAAGUCCUGCAGUUGUCACGGUGGUCCAAAAACCGAAAUACUAUCUACCUCAGCAAUCUGUCGAACCUUCACUGAAAGGGUGUGAGAACAGUGCUCAUUAUCCAGUGGACAGAGAGUGUGAUACCAGGUGUGCUGUAGCAGAAGAAGCUAAAAAAGUCAACCAUACUGAAAAGUCUGGACAACAGAAAUACUUUGAAAGCAGCUCUGAGGAAAGUGAAACCAAGUAUGGCCAACAGGACUGUAUGAAGGCCUCUGCCCUUACCACUGAAAACAGAUCUGCUCAGAAAGAUUUCAGGUGGGGGAAAGAUGAGAGCAACAAGAUUUCUCCUCAGAAGACCCCAAUGUUGCACUCUUUAGCUCAGGAAGGGAGAAAGCAAUCCGGCAACAGCCCAGAAGGGGCAGCAGAACGGCAGGCCCCAUUUGACACUCACUUGUCUAAACAGGCACGAAGGAGUGAUCGUUUUGCAACAACCCUGAGAAACGAGAUCCAAAUGAGAAGAGCAAAGCUGCAGAAAAGUAGAAGCACCGCUACAUUAGUAGCGUCGUCUGAAACGGAGGAGUGCAAUGAUUCCUGGAAGCCAGAUUCAGCAGAAAAUAUCACCACCUCCCCGGACACAAACUUUACCAGCACCUACAAGGAUCACCUCAAGGAAGCACAGGCCAGGGUUCUGAGAGCGACAUCCUUCAAACGGCGGGACUUGGAACCCAGCCCAGCUGAGUAUGUCCCCAGGUCACCUGAGCGGAAAACUGGUAGCUACAACUCUUCAUUAUUGGCUUUGGUUUCUGAAGAUGUAUCUGGAUGCCUGGAGGCUACACAAGCUAAACCGAACCCAGCAGGGAGUGGCACUCAUCAAGUUUCUCGCAUUGGAGCCAGGAAGAGGUUUACAACAGAUCAAAAACUGAAGUCUUACUCUGAACCAGAGAAAAUGAAUGAGGUGGGGAUGUCAGAGGAUGAGUACCAUGCUUGUUGCCAUCCAAAUGCAUCUGAAGAAGCCCUGGGCUCAUUUGCAGACAGGUGGAAGUUUUUUGAAGAAACCAGUAAACCUGCAUAUAGAAAAUCAGCACAGAAAUCAACUCCCCACAGUCUAGCUGAGGGACAGUCUGAGGGGCCAGAUAGGAAAGCUCACAGUGCACAAGAAGGAGAAGAGUUGUGGUAUGAGAGAAGAGGUUGGGCAGCCUCUGCUGGACUUGAAGCUGCACAUGCUUUAAAAGAUAACGUCCACCGUACCAGCACCAGUAGGGCUCCUGAUAGGGUUGUGAAACCUGAAAAGCCGCAGCGUUUGGGCACCUUUGCAGAGUACCAGGCAUCGUGGAAGGAGCAGCGGAAGCCAGCGGAGACAAGAAGCUCAGGAAGGUACCAUUCAGCUGAUAACAUCCUUGAUGCAGGCCACGAACAACAUGAGAAACCCCAGUACAUCCACGAGAGGUCUAGGUCGUCCCCUUCCACUGAUUUCUACAAACAGGAAGUCUCAGUCGAAGUAAGGAGGCAAACAAAGGAUUUAAAGCAAGAUGGGGAGCAUAUUUUAUCUGAAGUUAAUAAUCUGGAUGGAAGGAACUGCACUGUAAGGAAAGCUGACACAGGAGCCCUAAGGGAAAACCCACAGGAGAAGAGGGAUCAGCUGGACCUGAAUUUAGACCACAAGUGGAAGGCAUCUGUCAGACCUCCGCAUGUGCGAGAGCCUACGGUUGUGCCGCAUGAGAGUCGGGGGAGGUCUGGGACGUUGCCUAGUGAUUACCGAUACUCUCAGGAGAACGAGAACAAGAGCAGCAGAGAUUGCAGUCUGCCUCAUCUCCCUUGCUUAGAGCCACAGAACUUGAAUGAGAGCCACUCCUGUACGUCCCGUGGCAAAGGAGAGGAAAACCACAGGAUCGAGCCAGUACUGCUUAACAAGAAGCGUGGACCUGCUCCUCAGAGGCCACCACCACCUAAAAGAGAUAAAUACAGACGAUCAGAUAAUUCCGUGCCGUUGCUUGGCACCUCUUCUGAAUCUCUGCUAGCAGUCCCCAGCAGGCCCUUUCUGUCUUCAUCCCCCAGCUCCACGGAAAUAUUUGCUAGUCACUCGUCUCUGUGUCAGAGUCCUGCAGCUUUCAAUGGAAAGCUGAAGAGUGCUAAUCCACAGCAGCUUCAGCAAGUGUCACCCACAGAGAAUGUUUGUCAGCACUUAGAAGAAAAGACACACCUUAGAUCUGAUUCUGUAUUGUCUUCCAAACAUCGGUAUCUUCCAAAACCUGGCAUGGAGACAUCAAGGUCACCUUCUCCUCAGUUUGCACCACAGAAGCUCACUGACAAGCCUCCCGUAUCUGUACAGGAUGAGAAUCCAGCCAGAAUUGAAAAGGUUAUUGACAACAAUACCACAGUGAAAAUGGUUCCCAUCAAGAUAGUUCAUUCUGAGAGCAGCGCAGAAAAGGAGAGUCGGCAAAGUCUUGUCAGUACCAUGGAGCCUCCUGCUUUACCCAGUGGUUUGGAAAAGGACCAAAUUAAAACACUCAGCACUUCUGAGCAGUCCUAUUCACGAUUCUGUGCUUACACCAGGCAAGGUGUAGAGCCAGAGCCAGAAGCCAGAACCAAACCAGCUGACCCUCAACCAGCUGAAGAACCUGGAAGCAACUUGAAGGACAGCAGUGCUGCGACCCCAGCAGUCAGCUAUGUAAAGGCCAAAGAGAAGACCUUGGAAGACUGGAAGUCAGAGGAACUAGCCAGAGAGAUUGUGGGAAGAGAUAAAUCUCUAGCAGACAUACUAGAUCCUAACGUGAAAAUAAAAACAACAAUGGAUCUAAUGGUUGGUAUAUUUCCUAAAGAUGAACACCUCCUAGAAGAAGCUCAGCAGCGCAGGAAGCUUCUGCCAAAAGUCCCUUCUCCAAAAAUUUCGGAGGAGAAGAAAGAGGAGCAGAGCAUGCCGUCUGCCAUCUCCCUGACAACCAAUUCUACUUACUACAGCACAUCUGCACCCAAGGCAGAGCUGCUUAUUAAAAUGAAGGACAUGCAGGAGCAGCAACAACAGCAGCAGAGCGAGGAUGAUUCUGAAGAUGAGCUGGAUCAUGACUUGUCGGAAAAGAAGCAAGAGCUAAUUGACAGCAUUAGUAGGAAGCUGCAGGUGCUGAGGGAAGCACGGGAGACACUUCUGGAAGACAUCCAAGCCAACAAUAUAUUGGGGGAAGAGGUAGAGGCCAUUGUGAAAGAAGUCUGCAAACCAAAUGAAUUUGACAAAUUCAAGAUGUUUAUUGGUGACCUUGACAAAGUGGUCAAUCUCCUGCUGUCACUGUCAGGUCGUCUGGCCCGGGUGGAAAAUGCUCUUAAUAACCUGGAUGAAAACACCUCUCCAGAAGAACGGCGGACAUUGGUAGACAAGCAGAAGCUACUGACCCAGCAACACGAAGAUGCAAAGGAGCUGAAGGAAAACCUGGAUCGUCGAGAGCGCAUCGUCUUUGACAUCUUGGCAAACUACCUGAGUGAGGAGAACUUAGCAGACUACGAGCACUUUGUUAAAAUGAAGUCAGCCCUCAUCAUUGAGCAACGAGAGCUUGAGGACAAGAUCAAACUGGGGGAAGAGCAGCUGAAGUGUCUGACUGAUAGCCUCCAACCUGAACGGCUCAAAUAAGAGGAACGAGUUUGACCAAGGAUGUGAAAAAUGGGAAAGGAGGAAGGGAUUGAGGGAGCUUCCAAGUGUACAAAUUAUUAUCUUCUCUUAUGUGAGAGUCUGGUAGAGAAACAAGUGCACAAGGGAAAAAUAGCUCUCACAGCAGCAAUAAUGCUCUCUUUCCUUUUUAUUUGGGAUGACUUAUUUAAUUUUUUUAGAACACAUUUUUAUUCCUGGACUCUACAGCUUUUUCUCAUUGCUUAACUUAGAGAAACAGAAAAGGAUGAACUCUUAACCUUUCUGCUUAGUAAGUCUGUCGCAGUUGUGCAUGCAAACAACGUUUUUUAGAUUAGGUCAUGUACUUUUUGUUUAAUGUUGAGAUGUUGUACAGUCUGCUGGGAAACCCAACAGCAAUUUAUUAAUGCACACAAAUUUAGAAGCUCUAAAUUGAGUGGCUUUUUUUUUUUAAGACACAUUAAAUAGGGGAAGCGUGCAUCUUAUAGCUAAUAUAUUCAGAUUGCUGAAAUGUAGUGUCACUCUGAUCCUGUGGCAUCAGACCCUUUUUUAUCAUAUUGUAUAUAGGGUGGCACUUUCCCCUUCCAGGAAAUAAGAUCAGUCUCAGAUAGACACUUCUUAAACCAUCUUGCAAGUCACCUAAUGGCUAC